AUGUACUCGAAUGGAGCUCGCUGCCGCUGGAGGGCGGCGGGCGCGGCGUGCUGGGCGCCCGUGGAGUAUGUACUCGAAUGGAGCUCGCUGCCGCUGGAGGGCGGCGGGCGCGGCGUGCUGGGCGCCGUGGGCGGGCGGGACGUCGUGCUGGCCGUGGUCAAGCAGCUCGCCUCGCCCGAGCCGAGCCCACUGACUACUGACGCCGAGUCGGAAUGGAGCUCGCUGCCGCUGGAGGGCGGCGGGCGCGGCGUGCUGGGCGCCGUGGGCGGGCGGGACGUCGUGCUGGCCGUGGUCAAGCAGCUGGCUUCGCCUGAGCCGAGCCCGCUGACUACUGACGCCGAGGGCGGCGGGCGCGGCGUGCUGGGCGCCGUGGGCGGGCGGGACGUCGUGCUGGCCGUGGUCAAGCAGCUGGCCUCGCCCGAGCCGAGCCCGCUGACUACUGACGCCGAGGGCGGCGGGCGCGGCGUGCUGGGCGCCGUGGGCGGGCGGGACGUCGUGCUGGCCGUGGUCAAGCAGCUGGCUUCGCCUGAGCCGAGCCCGCUGACUACUGACGCCGAGGGCGGCGGGCGCGGCGUGCUGGGCGCCGUGGGCGGGCGGGACGUCGUGCUGGCCGUGGUCAAGCAGCUGGCCUCGCCCGAGCCGAGCCCGCUGACUACUGACGCCGAGGGCGGCGGGCGCGGCGUGCUGGGCGCCGUGGGCGGGCGGGACGUCGUGCUGGCCGUGGUCAAGCAGCUGGCCUCGCCCGAGCCGAGCCCGCUGACUACUGACGCCGAGGGCGGCGGGCGCGGCGUGCUGGGCGCCGUGGGCGGGCGGGACGUCGUGCUGGCCGUGGUCAAGCAGCUGGCCUCGCCCGAGCCGAGCCCGCUGACUACUGACGCCGAGGGCGGCGGGCGCGGCGUGCUGGGCGCCGUGGGCGGGCGGGACGUCGUGCUGGCCGUGGUCAAGCAGCUGGCCUCGCCCGAGCCGAGCCCGCUGACUACUGACGCCGAGGUGGAAUGGGUGCUAGAGGUGAUCCGCUACGGGCUCUCAUUACCACUGAGCUCGCACGAAGCGGUGCGGGACUGCGUCCGCGUGUGCUGCGCGUGGCUGGCGCCGCUGCUGCCGCCCGCCGCGCCCGCGCAGCCGCCGCCGCCGGCGCUGCCGCAGCCGGUGCGCGACCACCCGCACCGGUACGCUAGGAAGAUACUGGCGCAUCUGCAGAACCUGUUCGUGCCGAGGCCUGAUGAGAGCGGCGACCUGAUCAGCAAGCAAGCUGUCCUCUGCCACCGGGUGCUCCGACUCGCUCGCUCUCUCGCCGGCUCGGCCAUGCUGGGCGCGCGCGAGUGGCGCUCGCUGCUGCUGCUGUCGCGCGGCGACCUGAUCAGCAAGCAAGCUGUCCUCUGCCACCGCGUGCUACGCCUCGCUCGCUCUCUCGCCGGCUCGGCCAUGCUGGGCGCGCGCGAGUGGCGCUCGCUGCUGCUUCUGCUGCUGGCGUGCGCAUCCGCGCUGCUGUCGCCGCCCGCGCCGCACCACUCGGCCGCUGAGCAGCUGUGCGAGCGCGUGCUGUGCGUGCUUUUCGAAGUGUGGAUACUGGCGUGCCACAGAUGCUUCCCGUCACCGCCGCUAUGGCGCACGCUGCGAGCGCAGUGCGUGCGCUGGCGGCACCGCGCGGCGCUGACGGAGCAGUGGGCGCGCGCGUCGCUGUGCCUCACGGCGCGCCUGCUGCGCCACAUGUACGGCCCGCUGUUCCCCGCCAUGCCCGUCAGUGAGUACUGUGCGCUCGCUGCGGCGCAGUGCGUGCGCUUGCGUGCGCUGACGGAGCAGUGGGCGCGCGCGUCGCUGUGCCUCACGGCGCGCCUGCUGCGCCACAUGUACGGCCCGCUGUUCCCCGCCAUGCCCGUCAUGCGUGCGCUGACGGAGCAGUGGGCGCGCGCGUCGCUGUGCCUCACGGCGCGCCUGCUGCGCCACAUGUACGGCCCGCUGUUCCCCGCCAUGCCCGUCAUGCGUGCGCUGACGGAGCAGUGGGCGCGCGCGUCGCUGUGCCUCACGGCGCGCCUGCUGCGCCACAUGUACGGCCCGCUGUUCCCCGCCAUGCCCGUCAUACUGUGCGCUCGCUGCGGCGCAGUGCGUGCGCUGACGGAGCAGUGGGCGCGCGCGUCGCUGUGCCUCACGGCGCGCCUGCUGCGCCACAUGUACGGCCCGCUGUUCCCCGCCAUGCCCGUCAGCGAGGAGGACGCGACCCUUAUCCCGGCAGACAUGAGUGCGGAAGCGGUGAUGCAGAGCUGGUACCGCAUGCUGCACACCAUCGGCAAUCCUGUGGACCUGUGCCGACCGCAUCUCAUCAGCCAGACGCCCGACUUCCUUCAGUAUUCAAUCACAGCGGAAGAGGGAGCGCGCGACCCGAGCCAGCACCCGUGCCUGGCGGCGCUGCCGUCCAUCUUCCACAAGGCCAUGAAGGGCGUGGCCGCGCACGUCGACGCCUUCCUCGGGCGGGGCGACUGCCGGUGGUGGGCGGUGCCAGAAGCGGGCGGGGCGGCCGACGACGAAGACACGCCCCCCGCGCACCGCCGCCUCGCCAAGUCCUUCAGCGUGUCCUCCCGGCCGAGGGAGCCUAAGCCCGAGCGCGGCACCCCGCGUACGUCUCUGAUUGGACUGACAAGCAGCCGGCCGGCCAGCGUUGCACCCACCACGCCGCCCAACUCCAUUACGUCGCAAGUUUGCGACGCAGAGAAGCCGCCACUAACACCGCUGCGGCCAAAAGUGAACUCGAUUUUCCACCUGUUUGGGGAGUGGCUGUUUGAGGCGGCGCUUAUCGGGACCACGCCUCCUUACACCAACAACCAACAACGCGCCGACGGCACACCGCCACCGCCGUCGAUGUCUGACGCUACGUACAAACUCAAUAUGAUGAGUUAUCAGCCAGGUCGUGCCGAAGCCCUGGGCACGCUUUGUCGUGUGCUGUGCUCGAAACAGUGCCGUGAAGAAGUGUUGGCUCCAUAUUUGGCGCGCUGCUACGCUGCCAUACACCGGGGUCUGCGGGACCCCGCCACUGCCGCUGCCGUGGUCUUGAACGCGCCCGACAUAUUCAGAUUGGACCUAGACGGCGUGUUAGUUCUUGUGCCAGACUUCAUCUCGGCACUCGAGAAGAUCCUCUGCGAGCGGGAGCCCAAGCUGGAGUGCGGGACCAUAGACAAGCGCGAACUGCGCAAGGCCGCUAUAAGCGCGCUGUUGUCUCUGGUCGCUUUCCCGCAUCAUUAUAAAGGACUGCCGGUGCCUGAGUUCCCUGGGUGUAAUGAGUACGCGGGCAUGACACUAGGCGACCUCGUGCGAGGCAAACUGUCUCUGAUCUGCGUCUCUGCUGUGCAAGUGGAGUGGUCCGACGCACUCGCUGUACCGUUGCUAAGUGCGCUAUACCUGUGCGUUCGACACAACGCACAGUCUGGCGGGAGAGCCGCGUCUGCUCCGCCUGGGUCGACUAUGUCGCAGACUACUGAUUAUAAAGCGCGGUCGGAUAGCGGCAGCGCGUCGGGCAGCGCUGAAGGACACUCGUCCCUCGACGACUUCGCGGCUGACGUUAGGGAGCUAGACCCAUCCUCGCCUGUUUUCGGUGCAGCGUUAGUGGUUCGCGCGACGUACCUCGUGUGCCACCGGCUCAUUUCUUCGUGGAAGGGAGACUUGCAGGUCUCGUUGGCUGCCUUGGAACUGCUGUCAGGUCUAGCCAAGCUACACUCCGCUAAACCGGAGGCGGUGGAGCGCAAGCGCGCCGUGCGCUGGAUAUGCGACUACAUCGUGGUGCAGUGCUCGCGGCCGCCGCAGGCGCACUCGCGCGACCUGCACUCGUGCGUCGUGUGCGCCUACGCCUGCCUCGCCGCCUGGCUGUGUCCGGCGCUGCUGGACGCGUCCGACACGCGCGCCACGCUGCUGCAGGUCGUCGAGCUGGGGCUGUCCGGCGCGCGCAGCCAGGGUAAACCUGGCGACCCACCAAAGAUGAAAGACGAAAAGGAGUUGAAACCUGUCUCCAUGAGGGUUCGAGAUGCUGCCGAAUCUUUGCUAAUGCUCAUAUUGGACCAGGAGGGUGAGAACGAACCGGGUGGUGGUCGCUGGUGCAGACUCGACGAGAGAUGGUUGCGAGCGUUAGGCCACGGCAGACUGCGACACUUCGUGGCGGACGGUGGUUUACUUCUGUCGCUGCUGGAAGAACCGCUGGCCAACAGUCAGGAGCCGCAGCCGACGCUAGUUGUGAUAAUCCGGUGCGGCUGGGGCCGCUUCGCGUGGUCUCUCAGCAGCCGGGGCGCCGCGCGCUGUGCGGGCCGGGGCGCCGGCGCGGCCUGCGCGCGCCCCGUCGACAUGCUGCCCGCGCCCCGGCCCCCGCCCCCCGCCUGCCGCCCGCUGCAGCCGCCGCCCCCGUGCGCGCUCUACUGCGGGCCGCGCCCCGGCGACAUGCUGCCCGCGCCCCGGCCCCCGCCCCCCGCCUGCCGCCCGCUGCAGCCGCCGCCCCCGUGCGCGCUCGACAGUGCGUUCCCAAGCCUAGAGUCUGUGCUGAGACAGCUGAACGACCCCGAAGCGCCGACGCUGUUCAAACUGCUGGACCAACAGGCCGCGAUAGAGAAACGCGUCACGGAGAGCGAAGAUAAUGUUGUACCUGAAGAAUACGUGCCGCCUGAGCCUGUUACCGAGUUCCAGACUGCGAGACUGUUCUUGUCACAUUUCGGAUAUUUGAACAUCGGAGGGGAUAAAAAGGGAGGGCCCCCACGUCUAGUAGCCCUAGACGACACAGCCCCAGGCUUCGAGGCAGCGUUACGACGUCUCGACGCGUGCGGGUCGCGCGCUCCUUUGACGGUGCACGUGUUCUGCGCGCGCGCCGGACAGACUACUGCCGCGGCUAUACUGGCUAACGUGCACAGCUGCGAUACCGUGCCGCCUGGGUUCAUACGGAUGCUGCACGGUGAUGUAAAGUUAUUAAAGCUACGAGCCCUAGACGACAUAGCGCUAGGCUUCGAGGCGGCGUUGCGGCGUCUUGAUGCCUGUGGGUCGCGCGCGCCACUAACCGUUCACGUGUUCUGCGCGCGCGCUGGACAGACUACUGCCGCGGCUAUACUGGCUAACGUGCACAGCUGCGAUACCGUGCCGCCUGGGUUCAUACGGAUGCUGCACGGAACCCUUGAUGACACAGCACCGGGUUUCGAGGCGGCGUUACGGCGUCUCGACGCGUGCGGGUCGCGCGCUCCUUUGACGGUGCACGUGUUCUGCGCGCGCGCCGGACAGACUACUGCCGCGGCUAUACUGGCUAACGUGCACAGCUGCGAUACCGUGCCGCCUGGGUUCAUACGGAUGCUGCACGGAAACCUUGACGACACAGCGCCGGGUUUCGAGGUGGCACUACGGCGUCUCGACGCGUGCGGGUCGCGUGCACCUUUGACUGUGCACGUGUUCUGCGCGCGCGCCGGACAGACUACUGCCGCGGCCAUACUGGCCAAUGUGCACAGUUGCGAUACUGUGCCGCCUGGGUUCAUACGGAUGCUGCACGGAGCCCUAGACGACAUAGCGCCAGGUUUCGAGGCAGCGUUACGGCGACUCGACGCGUGCGGGUCGCGCGCUCCUUUGACGGUGCACGUGUUCUGCGCGCGCGCCGGACAGACUACUGCCGCGGCCAUACUGGCUAACGUGCACAGCUGCGAUACUGUGCCGCCUGGGUUCAUACGCAUGCUGCACGGGUCAGUUGAAGAAGAAACAGUCUUUUAUCGAAUCAUGGAGGUCACACGCCGGGCUUGGAAAGAACGCUACGCACUAGGCUUCGAGGCAGCGCUACGGCGUCUCGACGCGUGCGGGUCGCGCGCACCUUUGACGGUGCACGUGUUCUGCGCGCGCGCCGGACAGACUACUGCCGCGGCUAUACUGGCUAAUGUGCACAGCUGCGAUACCGUGCCGCCUGGGUUCAUACGGAUGCUGCACGGAACCCUAGACGACACAGCGCCGGGUUUCGAAGCAGCACUACGACGUCUCGACGCGUGCGGGUCGCGCGCUCCUUUGACGGUGCACGUGUUCUGCGCGCGCGCCGGACAGACUACUGCCGCGGCCAUACUGGCUAAUGUGCACAGCUGCGAUACCGUGCCGCCCGGGUUCAUACGGAUGCUGCACGGUGAUGUAAAGUUAUUAAAGCUACGAGCCCUAGACGACAUAGCGUUAGGCUUCGAGGCGGCACUACGGCGUCUCGACGCGUGCGGGUCGCGCGCUCCUUUGACUGUGCACGUAUUCUGCGCGCGCGCUGGUCAGACUACUGCCGCGGCUAUACUGACUAAUGUGCACAGCUGCGAUACCGUGCCGCCUGGGUUCAUACGGAUGCUGCACGGAACCCUAGACGACACAGCGCUAGGCUUCGAGGCAGCGUUGCGGCGUCUUGAUGCCUGUGGGUCGCGUGCGCCUCUCACAGUGCACGUAUUCUGCGCGCGCGCUGGUCAGACUACUGCUGCGGCCAUACUGGCUAACGUGCACAGCUGCGAUACCGUGCCGCCUGGGUUCAUACGCAUGCUGCACGGAACCCUUGAUGACACAGCACCGGGUUUCGAAGCAGCACUACGACGUCUCGUCGCUAUACUCGCUAAUGUGCACAGCUGCGAUACUGUGCCGCCUGGGUUUAUACGGAUGCUGCACAGAGCCCUAUACGACAUAGCGCCAGGUUUUGAGGCAGCACUACGGCGUCUCGACGCGUGCGGGUCGCGCGCUCCUUUGACGGUGCACGUGUUCUGCGCGCGCGCCGGACAGACUACUGCCGCGGCUAUCCUUGCAAAUGUGCACAGCUGCGAUACCGUGCCGCCUGGGUUCAUACGGAUGCUGCACGGAGCCCUAGACGAUAUAGCGCCGGGCUUCGAGGCAGCGUUGCGGCGUCUCGACGCGUGCGGGUCGCGCGCUCCUUUGACGGUGCACGUGUUCUGCGCGCGCGCCGGACAGACUACUGCCGCGGCCAUACUGGCUAAUGUGCACAGCUGCGAUACUGUGCCGCCUGGGUUCAUACGCAUGCUGCACGGGCAGCGUUACGGCGUCACGGUGCACGUGUUCUGCGCGCGCGCCGGCCAGACUACAGCUGCGGCCAUACUGGCCAAUGUGCACAGCUGCGAUACUGUGCCGCCUGGGUUCAUACGCAUGCUACACGGGGCUGUAGAGACGCACGAGCUACGAGCCUACGACGCGCACGCGCCCGCGCAGCCGCGGCCUCCGCCCACCGACCCCCGCCGCGCCCCUGCCCCCGCUGUCUACGACGCGAGGGAACAGCAUACGAAUGGAAUCUUUCGAGGGAGCGUAGGUACCUACCUUACGUCAGUAACGGUGCACGGCGGCUGGUCGGGACGCGCGAGCACUAGUUACGACGCGCACGCGCCCGCGCAGCCCCGCCCUCCGCCCGCUGACCCCCGUCGCGCGCCUGCCCCCGCUGUUUACGAUGCAAGGGAGCAGCAAGCCUCCUGCCACUCUUCGUUCUGUCUGCCUCGUACCAUACGAAUGGAAUCUUGCGAGAAAGUGGAGGUACCUAUUUUACGCGGCUGGUCGGGGCGCGCCAGCACCAGCUACGACGCGCACGCGCCCGCGCAGCCCCGCCCCCCGCCCACUGACCCCCGUCGCGCCCCUGCCCCCGCUGUCUAUGACGCGAGGGAGCAGGUUAUUUACUGGGCAGACUCCACGAACGAGAUAGCGUUUGUGGUGCCUUCAGGGCACGAGCUAGAUGAAGAGAAAAGCGAUACCGAUGGCGGGUGCCAAUCCACCAGCAGAAGCUCGGACAAGGCGGCGGGCUCGUGCUGGGACGUGUCCGGCUCAGGCGCUCCGUCGUACGAGCGCUCGGUGUCCGAGUCGGACAAGGCGUCCGCGCCCUUGGACAAGGCGCGCGCGCUGUCGCUUGACUUGGACAAGCAGCCUGCGGCGCUUACAGGGAGCGGACGACGUAAUAGAGACUUCACACCAAAGAUCCUCAUCAUUUGGUUGGACGACUUUGAAGACCAUCUCAAUCUACCAAUAGAUGAUCUUCUCCGUUACUGUGAGACGGGUCUCCCGUGGCGGCGCCACGAGGCCUACGUUAUGUGUGUGUCGCCUCGUCGCAGCGGAUUGCUACUAGUCCGUGUACCGCCGCCUGCUUCUUCCGCUGGAGUGUUAGCAGAUGGCGCCCAGUUGGCGCCUAGUUUACUGCCCGACUGUCUUAGGAGAGCGGCGUUGGACAGGGCGAGACGAGCUAGGCUGCAGACUGAUUUAUAUCAACCGCCCCACGUGAAGCGGCGCCACCUCAUCCAAGAACUAGCGCAGCAGUACAAGAAGGAUUUGUCUGAACCCGAACUGCUGGAGUCCUUAUUCCGAGCACCAUAAGUUUCGAAUUCGAGAUGAAGCGAUUGAUUCGCGAUUUCGAAAAUAUAAACUCAAAAUACUCCACCAUUUUUAUCGCCGAAUUUAUGGGAUGGUUACAUUGACUUUGACACUUCCUUUAGAAGGAUUAGGGAAGCACUUUGUAAGUAACAGAGUGUACAGCAGAUUCAUUUAAUUUUACGCAUUAUUAAUUUCGUACUUAUUUAUUAACGUUGAUGUAUUUUUUUAAAGUAUUGUUUUAGUAUUAUCGCAUAUGAAAUUAUGUAACUUAAUAUUAAGACUGAUUUUGUUAAUUUUAAUGUAUCUCAAGUAUUUAACAUUCCCGAAUAACAUGAUAUGCAUAGGUGCUUAAAUGAUUAUUAUAUUUUAAAGCAUAAUAUUAUUGUAUUU